GCGGCGCGCCGGGAUCCCCUGGCGCGCAGCAGUUGCUGGAGGCGAGGCGCCUCAGGGGCAGCGGCCAUGUGGAGGAGGCGCUCAUUGCCUACGAGGGCCAUCUGCGCCGCGAGCCCCACAGCACCGACGCGCUGCUAGGCGUCGCGGACUGCCAGCACGACCUCGGGAAUCUCGACGCGGCACUGGACGCCGCCAAGAGGCUCCUGAGCAUCCGGCCCGACGACCCUGAGGACGCAAACCUGAGGGCCGCCGAGCUGCUGCUGGCGAUCGGGCACGAGCCGGACAUGGCCGAGCCGUACCUGAGCCGGGCCAGGGGCAGCGAGCCCGUUCCCCAAGCGCUGCAGCCCCGCGUGCAUUGCGCCACGGCGGAGCUGGCGCUCGCGAGGGAGGACCAGGUGAAGGCGCUGGCGGCGGCCUCGGAGGCGGUUCGCAUGGACGCCUCCUGCACGCGGGCGCUGAUGCUGCUCGGCACCGCGCGACUGCGGGUGGCGGACUACGCGGGCGCUCUGCGCGCGCUGCGCGCGGCGCUGGACACCUGCGGGGACGGAGGCACCCGGGCACGCGCCUCGGCCUUCGCGGGCAUCGCGGAGGCCCACGAGCGGCUCCGGGAGUACCCGCAGGCCUUGGAGUGCGUGCGCAGGGCGCUGGAGAGCUCGUGCCCAACAUGGCGGCCGCCCGCGUGGUGCGCGCCGUGGCCCUGA